AUGAACAAGUUCUUCGCCUCACUCUUCUUCCUCCUCCUCCUCAGUAUCAACUCGGCCUUUGCUAUCAUAGGCAGCAUCGAAGCACCCAAGAACAUCCUCCGCCCAGGCCAUACGUUCACCGUGACGUUCCUAACCCACCCGCACAUCAUCCAAAACGCUCAGUAUUACGUUAUUUUUGGAUUACAACCUGGAAUCGUUCCACCUCCUGGUUCGAACGUGGGCGAGAUCGUCUUGACGAGUGCUCAGAGCGAUUUGGUCGAGGGUGGACAUUCCAGCACGGGAGUUGGAAGUUUCAAGAUAAGCGUGUUGUUGCCGCGUACUUUUAGGACUCCUACGAAGAAGAAGGAAAAGUUUGUGUUGACGGCGGCUGUUUUCCAGACGGUGUGGCGAUCUUCCAUGGAAAUGUCACCAUCGCCCCGCACUGAGUCAACCGAGGAUGUGGCUUUCAAUAUGAGGAGAAUUGACGGACUGGGCGUUCAAAUCGCUCGAGUGCUUUGUAUAUACUAUGUGGAUGAAAUGAAGCUUGCACAACGGAACCCGCGGCCGAGAACCCGUCCGCAAAUAGCGCCUCCUAUCUUGCCAAUGGGAAUCGAUGGUGAACGUGCAAAAACUCCUGUUGCCGUGCCAUUGUCGAAUGCUGUGAUCGCUUGGGUGGGGGUCGGAUUAAUUAAUUCAGGGGCAGCAUAG